UCUAUUGGCUGUUCUUUGUCUGUUCGUAGUAAAGUCGAUAAAUUUGUACAAGGAAAACAAAUGUCAAGAUUUCGCCUGUGUGAACUGAUUAUUGUGUGAAACAUUUUAUGAUUGAUACCAUUUUGCAUGUGUUUAUGGAAUUAAGAUUACGGAUUGUUUUGUGUUAAAUUGUGGUUUAUUAAAAUCACUGAUUGAAAAGGCUGGUCCCAAAAUAUGUUGAAAAACAAUUGUGACGUCACAAUUCCAAUCAGCUGAGGCGGUGUGUGGAGGGAGAGUUGAAGAUAGUGCAGCAAAACAAACAAGAUGGGUGGUGCAGUGAGCUCAGGGCGCGAUAAUAAUGAGCUGAUUGACAACUUGAUGGGCAGCAACUACAUCCGCACACGAUCCGUGGAGCGGGUGUUUCGUUCGCUCGACCGGGCCGACUACAUGACGCCUGAGGCUAGGGAUCAGGCGUAUAAAGACCUAGCCUGGCGGAAUGGGCCACUCCAUAUGUCAGCGCCGUGUAUUUACAGUGAGGUGUUAGAAGGACUUGAGCUAAAGCCGGGGCUUUCGUUCCUGAAUAUUGGUUCCGGCACUGGUUACUUCAGCACCCUGGUGGGGCUGCUCAUCGGCUCUAGUGGCGUUAACCACGGAAUCGAAGUCCAUCCGUAUGUCAUGGAGUACGCCAUCAAAAAACUGGGACAGUUUAUCGAGAACUCCCCUACUUUAGAUGAGUUCGACUUCUGCGAACCUAGGUUUUAUUGUGGUAAUGGCUUGUGCAUCGCCCCACUACAAGCGCCGUACGAUCGUUUGUACUGCGGAGCGGGGUGCCCCGAGGAGUAUCAAAACUACUUUAAACAACUUAUCAAGGUGGGCGGAGUUCUGGUGAUGCCGCUGAAUGACAACCUUGUACAAAUGAAGCGCGUCACGGUCGACCACUGGGUCUCCCGGAACCUGCUCAACGUGUCCUUCGCCACUCUCAGGAUACCUACGAAAGAGGAGGCAUUAGAGCUCAUCAGGCCGGACGAGCAGUGCCCGGCGCGGCUGCAGGUGCUGGCGCGCGCCGUGGUGCGCGGCGGCAUGCGCGCGGCGCUGCUGGCGCGCCACCCGCACCUGCGCGAGCCGCCGCCGCGCCGCCCGCAGCCCGCCAGCUCCUGUCCGCGCCGCAUCUGCAUCCCCAUCGAGGACGACAGCGACGUCGAAGGCCUCAAUGCAUUGCACGAUCUGGAUGACGUCAGCGGCGCCAAUGAAAUGAAUGCACUCUUGAGCCUCGUUCUUAGUAUGGGCCAGAAUCGUGUCGCAGGCGCAUUGCGGUUCGAUUCUCUCGAUUCGCCUUUUGAAUCCGAAGAGGAAGGCGACGGUGACGACAACGGCGACGGUGGUGACGGUGGCGGGAACGGAGGCGGAGGAGGCGGGGGCGGUAGCGGCGACGGCGGCGGUGGCGGCGGCGGUGGGAACGGCGGUGGCGGCGGCGGUGGCGCUGGCGGUGGCGGUGGCGAUGGCGACGACAGCCCCCCGCGGCCCCGGCCCCGGCCGCGGCCCGUGCGCUCGCUGCGCGUGGAGCGGCCGGCGCGCGCCGAGCGCCACAUCCGUCUGGAGCGCGCGGCGGCGCGCGCGGCGGUGGCGGCCAACCCCGACGUGUACAACGACACCAUCCUGCCCGAGUACCUGCCGGAGCCCAAGCCGGUGCGCUCGUGCCGCGGCCUGCUCACCUUCGAGUUCCAGGACGAGCGUCGUCCUGUCACUAAUGCCUUCAGGCAGGACUCGCCUAGCACUUCCGAGUCGUCCAAGACAGACUCGGAUAGUGCUAAAUCAGAUCCACUUAAAGUACCAGCAGAGGUGGAAAUAUAUCUAGGCAAAGAAGCUCCCAGCACGUCGCGUUAUGUAGAAUGGGAACGUCAGGGUACGGAGCAGAAACAAGAGUCCUCUAGUGAGGAGGACACUUCUCAAGAACAGAAGAGGAAAAAGCUGGACAGCGGCAUCGGGGAGGGGACCACCACAUCCAGCAGCUCCUCCCCUGCCAAGUCCGAGUCCAUGGACGAGUCGGACGGGGACGCCAUGCAGCCCGAGAUUAUUUGUGAUGAGCUCGAACUCGAGUACGACGAGAAUCUAAUCGGAGGUCGUCGCCGAAUCCAGAAGCGCGGCCACUGCGCGCAGUCAUCCACGUCGCCCGAGUACUCGGCCAGCUCGUCCACGACGUCGGGCGAGCACAGCCGCUGCAAGCGCCGCGCGCCCGAGCGCGAGCAGGACGAGCACGACGAGCCGGAGGAGCACGAGCACGUGAGCGAGCGCUGCGACCGGCACGGGCCCGAGCACGACCACGACUACGACCACGACCGCAGCGAGUACGACGACAUGCGGCCGCGGCGCGCGGGCGCGGACGCGCGCCGCGUGCGUCUCUCUAUACUGAUGAAGCGCGGCGUCAAGGAGCUGCCGCUGCCCUACGCGCUCAAGAAGUAUGUCAACCUGGGCCGCUGCUUCGAGUUUUAAGUACUGGAUCCAUCACGUCAUCUGAUGUCUCCGUCAACGCCUCCAAACAUGGCGUCAGUCACACGCGCUGGCUGGCUGACACAGGAGCCCUAUCGCCCUAGGUACGAUAUAUAUUUGUUUUGUGAGAAUGUUUAUAUUUAUCUGUGUUUUAGAGUUUAUAGAGCUCCUAUCAUCAAGCUUACAAAUCUUAAAAUGACUGCCAGAGUACUUAGUGGUUGAUACUCGAGUUUUAUUCAUACUCUGUAGAGUUUUUGGAAUUACAUAUUAAGAUUAGACUGUUUCUGGUCAAUGUCAACCUGUUGUUAGUUUCCCAUAAUGUAACUCGGAAAAGGAAUGACGUUGACUUACACGAAUAUAUUGGACUAUUGGUUUAGUAUAUGACACAUUAAUCAAACUCACUUAAUUUUAAAAGUACUAUAAUCGUUUUUUUCUCAACUUAAACCUUC